AAAAACCAGCAGUGCGGUUAUCGGCUCCGCGGUUUCGCUUUCCAAGUGUUUUUAAUGUUGAAACUGCUUCUCUAUGGCGUCAAUGGCGAUACGAUAAACCGCUUAAAGAUUCUUUCUUUUUGUACUUUUUUUGAAUUGUUUUUCCUAACUUUUUAAAACCCUACCCACUCGCCUUACUUCCAAGAGCGGUAGCAAUUUCCUUUCAUUUCUCUUCCUUUUUCUUUACUUUUGGUAGGUAGAAGAACUGAUAAUUCUGGGGAAUGACGCUUACAAGAUUCAAAGGUCCUACAAUUUCUGGAGGAUUGACAAAUAGGAAGAGGGAAUGGAACAAGAUAAACAAGUCUACAAGCUCCCAUUCUUUAUUAAACCAAACUAAAUUUUGUAAAUUUAGGAAGGAAUUGGGCUGCGCAGAUGGUGCGCGAAACUGCCAUUUAUCUGCAAUACAUAGAAAUUCGUUGUUGUCACCUUUGGUGGCACAUAGAAAUUCCCGUUUUCCGGUGUUUCGCAAUCAGUUCAGGUCUGACUUUGGUGUGGAAGAUGUGGAGGAGACACUUGCGUCGAACGAAGAAGAGGAUACUGCCCUGUUAAAUUCAACUGAAAAUGUCUAUGCCCGUGAAGUGGCAGGAACAUCGGUAGAUGUCAAGAGGGAACUUAUUAUGCUUUCUCUGCCUGCGAUUGCUGGACAGGCUAUUGAUCCCUUAGCACAGCUGAUGGAGACAGCAUACAUUGGAAGAUUAAGUUCUGUGGCAUUGGCUUCAGCUGGUGUUUCCAUAUCAGUGUUUAACAUAGUAUCAAAGUUGUUUAAUAUGCCCCUCCUCAGUGUUGCUACUUCCUUUGUCGCUGAGGACAUCUCAAAGAAUGCAGUUGAAAAUUUGUCAGCAGGGGAGCGUGCUAAUGGUAAGACUCCGGAUGGUAUAGCUGAAAGAAAGCAAUUAUCCUCAGUGUCUACAGCUUUAGUUCUAGCAGUUUUGAUUGGCAUCUUUGAGGCCUUGGUAUUGUCUUUGGGAUCUGGACCAUUUCUUAAUUUGAUGGGAGUACCCUCAACAUCAGAUAUGCAUUCUCCAGCACAGCAAUUUCUUUCUCUUAGAGCUCUUGGUGCUCCCGCUGUGGUAGUCUCUUUGGCUCUUCAAGGAAUUUUUCGGGGGUUUAAAGAUACAAAGACUCCUGUUUUUUGUUUAGGUGUUGGUAAUUUAUUAGCCAUAUUCUUUUUGCCCUUACUUAUGUAUGGCUUUGGAAUGGGUGUGACUGGAGCAGCUCUCUCCACUGUUUUAUCUCAGUACAUUGUUAGCUUUUUGAUGAUCAGGUAUUUAAACAAGAGAGUUGUAUUAAUGCCUCCAAAGAUGGGGGAAUUGCAAUUUGGUACCUACAUAAAAUCUGGUGGUUUUCUUAUAGGAAGAACUCUUGCACUGCUAAUGACAAUGACACUGGGGACUUCUAUGGCUGCUCGUCAAGGUUCACCGUCUAUGGCUGCACAUCAGAUAUGCUUGCAAGUAUGGCUGGCUGUAUCUCUUCUUACUGACGCACUUGCAGCAUCUGGUCAGGCCUUAAUUGCAAGUUCUCUUUCUAAAGGUGAGUUAAAGACUGUGAAGGAAAUUACGAACUUUGUGUUGAAGAUAGGGUUUGUCACAGGUGUUUCAUUGGCUGCAAUCUUGGGUGUAUCCUUUGGUUCUUUGGCCACCUUGUUCACCCAAGAUGCUGAAGUUCUAGGAAUUGUUAAAACUGGGAUACUGUUCGUCAGUGCUAGUCAACCAAUAAAUGCUUUAGCAUUUAUAUUUGAUGGUCUCCAUUAUGGUGUCUCAGACUUCCCAUAUGCAGCUUGUUCCAUGAUGUUGGUGGGUGCAAUGUCUUCUGCAUUUUUACUCUUUGCUCCUACGGUUCUUGGUCUUCAAGGAGUUUGGUUGGGCUUGACUCUCUUUAUGGGUCUGCGAAUGACUGCAGGAUUUGUGAGAAUACUAUCAAAAACGGGGCCUUGGUGGUUCCUGCAUAGGGACUUUGAGAGAGCUGAGUUCAGUGUAUGCUCAUAAAACCACAGUUCAGAGGCGAGCCAGCUAUGCAGUCUCGAAAAGUGGGGGAUGCAAAAAUGUCUCUAAGCUUUAUAUCUCCCUUGAAUCCAGUAGCCAGUAUCACCAGAUCUGCCUUUAGAGGUGAAUCUUCGUCAUCUACCAUUGUGCCUUCUUUGCAGAAGCCUGUAUUUUGGGUCGUCUUCAGUAAGAUGCUUCCUUCCUCAACUCUUAUCAUAGAAGUUUUUUGGCACCAUUGAGGUCAAACAGGAGCUAAUUUCUUGAUGAAAGCUGUGCUUUGGUACCAUCCCAAACUUUGCCAAAGGCAGCUUCCAUUUGAUGUAACUCUGGACAAUUUUUGAGAAUACCCAUCUCUGUUUAAUAGCAAAGAACCGAUUUCAGUCUGCUGCAGAUAA